CCAUGGUGGGCGGGUCUAGGAGGCGCUCGAGCUCCGGUCCCUCCGAACGCGCGCGCGCGCGGCGAUCGUGCGGGCGUCCCACUCGGGAUCCUGCUGCUCGGCCUUGGCUGAAGCUCGCCGCGGUGGGUGGUGAAUGCCUUUCCUCGCGCGAGCUAGAAGCUACUCUGCUAAGAGUGAGGAUGAAACAGUUGCCUGCAGCGACAGUUCGCCUCCUGUCCAGUUCUCAGAUAAUCACUUCCGUGGUCAGUGUUGUAAAAGAGCUCAUUGAAAACUCCUUGGAUGCUGGAGCCACCAGCAUCGAAGUUAAACUGCAGGAAGCAGAGAACACUAAUUGGGAAUGGUACCGAAGGCCACCCUCUGAGACACACCUCCUCUAAGGCCACACUUGCUAGUCCUUCUCCAAAUAAGUCCCACUGUUCUCCUCAGUAGACAUCAGAGUUCUGGCAUCUUCACCAUCUUGGAGUCUUCAACACGAUGCAGUCUUUCUUUUCUGGGCUGAUGUGCAGGGACUCACUCCCCUGUCACUAAGACCAAGGGAAAACAUUACACAGCCCCUUUACUCCUGCUCCUUGGAUUACAUUUGCAGAAGGUUUGAUUCCUUGAUGGUUUUCUUUGUUGCAUAAGUUCCUUUGCCUUUUCUUUACACAGUUUGCAGAAUUAAGCUGGGUGAGGUCUUGCCCUGAGGUCACACCCCCUCCCCCCAAUAUCUUUCAGCACAAAGCCAUGCUCCAACAUGAUAUUAUAUUCUCUUGUGCUCUUUUGAUGGUCAAAAUGUGAUUAUAUCUCUUUUUGCUCUGUGUUUGCUCCUUUACAGUGAAGCUCUGCAUAUCAGUCUUCACUAGUAACCACAUGACAGUCAUCCUAGACUGUCUUGAAGUCUCUUCUAAGGACAUUAACCCAAAGCUCUUCAAUGUAGCCUGAAGCAGAUUCUUAGGACAGGGGUAAAAAGUCUACAUUCUUCACCAAAAUAUCAAAAGAACUGGGUCUCUAGCCUAGUUGCUAGUAUUUGCCUCUGAAACGUCUUGAUCUAGGCCUCCAUAAUGCAGAUUGCUUUCAGCACUACUGUAUUCCAAGAUUGUACUAGGAUGACCCAGCUUAUGUCUCAGUUACUUUUCAGUUGCUAUGAAGAGACACCAUGAUGUAGGCAAUUUAG